AUGGCACAGAGACAUGGGGCUGGCUGGGGCUGGGCUUGGCUGGGCAUCAGCCUCGCCCAAAGCAGGGAGGGCGAGAGCCGUUGCGUGUUGGUACAGAGAGGGGUUCGUCUCGAUGUGGAAUGGGAGGCGAUGAUGAAACGAGGCAAGGCCUGCGGUCGAAAUCAGUUUCCCAAAGGGUCGCACAGGUUGACGGACAGAGAAGAAAGAAUAAGAGAGACAAGCCACGAGCGGCAGGGGUUCGAGACCAAGACGACCCCACGAACGGGUCCCCACAAGGUGAGGAAGGCUGAAGGAGGCGAUUGCGGCAAAUAA